GUCGUGUGUUAGCUCCAGAGCGGCUAGCUUUAGCUCUGCGUGCUAACAGCAACAACAGCAGUUUUUAAGCUGAAUUGUGAAAUAAAAGCCAUUAAUAACAACAUGGAGAGCUCGGCUCCGAAGAGGCGGGAGAGCAAGAAGUCUCUGCGGGUGAAAGUCAUCAGUCUGGGCAACGCGGAGGUCGGGAAGAGCUGCAUUAUUAAACGUUAUUGUGAGAAGAGGUUUGUUCCUAAAUAUCUGGCGACCAUCGGCAUCGACUAUGGCGUCACAAAAGUUCAGGUCCGCGACAGAGAAAUCAAGGUGAACAUCUUCGACAUGGCCGGACAUCCCUUCUUCUACGAAGUGCGUAAUGAGUUCUAUAAGGACUCCCAGGGUGUGCUUCUGGUGUACGACGUGGGUCUGAGGGAGAGUUUCGAGGCGUUGGACAGCUGGCUCGGGGAGAUGAAACAGGAAAUGGGGUCUCAGGCGAACAUGGACAGCAUCGUGUUCGUGGUCUGCGCUAAUAAGGUGGACCUGACGAAGAGACGUGUGGUCGAUGAAGGCGAGGGACGACUCUUCGCUGAGUCUCGAGGGUUUCAUUACUUUGAGACGUCAGCGCAGAGCGGCGAGGGGAUCAACGAGAUGUUCCAGGCGUUCUUCUCCUCCAUCACCGACAUGUGUGAGAACGGAGGAAAGCGUCCGGUGACGGAGCUCAGCGUGGGGUUCACUAAAGAGCAGGCGGACACCAUCAGACGCAUCAGAAACAGCAAGGAUUCCUGGGACAUGCUGGGGGUCAAACCAGGGGCCACACGGGAGGAAGUGAACAAGGCGUACAGGAAGUUGGCAGUGUUGCUUCAUCCUGAUAAAUGUGUUGCCCCCGGCAGCGAAGACGCCUUCAAGGCCGUGGUGAACGCUCGCACCUCACUACUGAAGAACAUCAAAUAACACACACUUCACUCUGAUUGGACGUCCCAUGCUCGACCAAUCACACGCAGCCGCUCCAACAGUGGUUAUUUAUUUAUUUAUUGUAAAGGUGUGUGUGCCAACAUCCGGUUUAACUUAUUUACACUUGAUCUGGACUGGCCUCUGUUGCUGUUAGAGGAAGACGAGGAAGACGAGGAAGAGUCAGAGCGGUUCAAUAUUAUAGAAACGUGUUAAAAACUUCCAUCUUAAAGCCUGUUUGCCAAAUCUAUACGAGUUAAAUCUGUUCUGCAUGAAUAAUAUCAACUUUUAUACUUCCUAACACAAGCUCCUCCAGUUUUAGUUCCCUGAAGCGACGUUAGUUCCCUGAAGCGACUUUAGUUCCCUGAAGCGACUUUAGUUCCCUAAAGUGACUUUAGUUCCCUAAAGCGACUUUAGUUCCCUGAGGUGACUUUAGUUCCGUAAAGUGACUUUAGUUCCCUAAAGUGACUUUAGUUCCCUGAGGCGACUUUAGUUCCGUAAAGUGACUUUAGUUCCCUGAAGCGACUUUAGUUCCCUGAAGCGACUUUAGUUCCCUAGAGUUACUUUAGUUCCCUGAAGCGACUUUAGUUCCCUGAAGUGAUUUUAGUUCCCUGAAGCGACUUUAGUUCCCCAAGGUGACUGCAGUUCCAUAAAGUGACGUUAGUUCCCUAAAGCGACUUUAGUUCCUUAAAGUGACUUUUGUUCCCUGAAGCAACGUUAGUUCCCUGAAGCGACAUUAGUUCCCUAGAGUUACUUUAGUUCCCUGAAGCGACUUUAGUUCCGUAAAGUGACUUUAGUUCCCUGAAGUGAUUUUAGUUCCCUGAAGCGACUUUAGUUCCCCAAGGUGACUGCAGUUCCAUAAAGUGAUGUUAGUUCCCUAAAGCGACUUUAGUUCCUUAAAGUGACUUUUGUUCCCUGAAGCAACGUUAGUUCCCUGAGGUGACUUUAGUUCCCUGAAACGAUGUUACUUCCCUAAAGUGACUUUGGUUCCCUAAAGUGACUUUGGUUCCCUGAAGCGACGUUAGUUCCCUGAAGUGACGUUAGUUCCCUCCAAACUGUGCCAUUACAUUCAUGUGUACUUUUUGUUAUCUUAUUCUCCUCGAAUGACAGAUGUUCCCGUAUAUUACUGCCUGACUAAAAUUAAAUAACUUGUGCCAACUAAUGAUUAAUUAGUUCCCUCAAAUGUAUAAUUUCCCCCUCAGAGGAAACAUUUGUUCCCACAAAUCACUCAUUGGUUUAUUUACAUUUACAGUUUGUUCCCUAAAUGUAGAUUUGGUUCAUUUAAUUUAAAGGAUAUUCCAUAUGUUAUGACUUGUUCCCUUCAGUGACUCAUAGUAUUACUGAUUGGUGUUAUCCAUCUUGCUAAAUCAUAAUAUGUUCCCUCAAAUAUACAAAUUAGUUCCCUGAAGUAAAUCAUUUUUUUACUUAUUUGACUCAUUUGGAUAUAAUUUGAACCUUUUUAAAAAUAUGUUUUUCCUUUCUCCUCACCUGACAAAUGAGUUCCCUAAAAUUAUAACUUUUUUCAUAAUAUUAGUUAUUUGUUCCCUAAAAUUGCUAAUCGGGUCCUUGAAAUAGGAUAUUUGUUGGAAACGUGCUAACGUGCCAUUAACCUGCUCAUUAGUUCCCUAAAGGGACUGAUAGUAUUAAACGAGGUGUGCCAUUAACCUGCUCAUUAGUUCCCUAAAGGGACUGAUAGUAUUAAACGAGGUGUGCCAUUAACCUGCUCAUUAGUUCCCUAAAGGGACUGAUAGUAUUAAACGAGGUGUGCCAUUAACCUGCUCAUUAGUUCCCUAAAGGGACUGAUAGUAUUAAACGAGGUGUGCCAUUAACCUGCUCAUUAGUUCCCUAAAGGGACUGAUAGUAUUAAACGAGGUGUGCCACCAACCUGCUCAUUAGUUCCCUAAAGGGGCUGAUAGUAUUAAACGAGGUGUGCCACCAACCUGCUCAUUAGUUCCCUAAAGGGACUGAUAGUAUUAAACGAGGUGUGCCACCAACCUGCUCAUUAGUUCCCUAAAGGGACUGAUAGUAUUAAACGAGGUGUGCCACCAACCUGCUCAUUAGUUCCCUAAAGGGACUGAUAGUAUUAAACGAGGUGUGCCAUUAACCUGCUCAUUAGUUCCCUAAAGGGACUGAUAGUAUUAAACGAGGUGUGCCAUUAACCUGCUCAUUAGUUCCCUAAAGGGACUGAUAGUAUUAAACGAGGUGUGCCAUUAACCUGCUCAUUAGUUCCCUAAAGGGGCUGAUAGUAUUAAACGAGGUGUGCCACCAACCUGCUCAUUAGUUCCCUAAAGGGACUGAUAGUAUUAAACGAGGUGUGCCACCAACCUGCUCAUUAGUUCCCUAAAGGGGCUGAUAGUAUUAAACGAGGUGUGCCACCAACCUGUUCAUUAGUUCCCUAAAGGGACUGAUAGUAUUAAACGAGGUGUGCCACCAACCUGCUCAUUAGUUCCCUAAAGGGACUGAUAGUAUUAAACGAGGUGUGCCACCAACCUGCUCAUUAGUUCCCUAAAGGGGCUGAUAGUAUUAAACGAGGCGUGCCACCAACCUGCUCAUUAGUUCCCUAAAGGGACUGAUAGUAUUAAACGAGGUGUGCCACCAACCUGCUCAUUAGUUCCCUAAAGGGACUGAUAGUAUUAAACGAGGUGUGCCACCAACCUGCUCAUUAGUUCCCUAAAGGGACUGAUAGUAUUAAACGAGGUGUGCCACCAACCUGCUCAUUAGUUCCCUAAAGGGGCUGAUAGUAUUAAACGAGGUGUGCCACCAACCUGUUCAUUAGUUCCCUAAAGGGACUGAUUUUAAAUAAUGCUCUUUAAACCCAGACUCAGCUUUUUGAGGAAAUAAAUAAAAAACAUGUUAAACUGAGUGGAGCGCGUCACACGUACAACACAUGUUUACUGUCCGUAUUAUAAACACAUUAUUUAUUUUGUAUGACAGAGGAUGAGACUGUGUGUGUGUGUGUGUGUGUGUGUGUGUGUGUGUGUGUGUGUGUGUGUGUGUGUGUGUGUGUGUGUGUGUGUGUGUGUGUGUGUGUGUGUGUGUGUGUGUGUGUGUGUGUGUGACUGUUUGACCUCCGUACCUCAUGACCUCAGUCACACUCGGAGCUGAAAACGUGUGUGUGUGACAAUCUCUCUGUGAUUGUGGUUGUGCAUGUUUUUAAAAAUAAUAAAAAAUAUUAAAAUGA